AUGACCACCACAGAAAGCCGCCUCCUCUCCCUCCCCCGUGAACUCCGCGAAGAAGUCUACAAACAUGCCAUGACCCUCUCCUUCUCCCCACCCACCCGCGCCCUCCGCGUAAUCCCACCCAUCGAAACCGACCAACUCUACAACUGGACCGAUCCCCCCCGCUGGCAGCCCCUCAACCUCCUCCUCGUCUCCCACCAAGUCCGCCACGAAACUCUCAAACUCAUCUCCCGCCUCGAGUCCACCAACUCCUUCCACGCCACGCUGGACAUCUUCACCUCCGGCUCCGUCUACACUCCCAAAUGGACGCUCGUAAACCUCGGAAUCCGACCCAAGUCAAAGCUAGAUCUACACGUAAACCUCACCAUCGUUUCGGGCGAAGCCUUCGUCCGCAAUCAUCAAGACAGCUCUCCAGGCGUAGCAUUCAAAACCCUCCUCAAUCUCCUCAACCGCUUCAUCUUCGACGGACCUACCUUCCUCGACUACAAACCAGUCCACACCAUCCCCGGUCCAUUCUUCAUCAACACCCUCUCCGUCCACGUCGCGUUCAAAGAUGACUACACGCCUGAUACCUGGUCUUCGACGUGGGCUUCCGUAUUUGCGAGACUGCAGGAUUUGGCGCGACUCCCCGCCGCGAGGGAGUACAUUGGAAGGAUUGAUGCGAGCACGAAGUACGUGUAUGAAGGGAAGGAGACCGAGCUUGAGGCGCAUUUUGAUGUGGGACCGGGGAAGACAGUCGCGAAUGGUGGACGUAAGGGACGUGCUGGUGGGAAGGAUAGUGCGGCGGUGUGGGCGGCUUGGGGUUUUCCGUUCGGGGAGGAUUGGUUGGCGAUGAACCGGCAGGGUGGCGAGCGUGGUCUACCGUGA